AUGGAUUCGGAAGAUGACUUUAUGUCCGCCGUCUCCAGCGAGGAUGACAUCCUCCCGGACGACAGCGAUAAUGACGACAUGUCCGGUGCUGAAGACUUCGACUUCGAUGACGAACCCGACCCGGAUCUCGGCAUGGAAAAGAGUAUUAGCCACAAGAGAGUCGCAUACGAUAUCAGCUUCAAGGUCUACCAGCCAGGAGAUAUUCAGAAGCAACAGGACGAUUUAAUAAACGAGGUCAACAUGAUCUUGGAUAUCUCCAAGGAGGAAGCAGCUAUCCUACUUCGAUAUUUUAGGUGGAAUAAGGAACGCCUCAUUGAAGACUAUAUGGACAGAUCAAGACAGGUCCUCGAGGCCGCAGGUCUCGCGCAGACAACGGUUGGGCCGCCCAAGCUCGAAGUCAUCCCGGGCUUCGUUUGCGACAUUUGCUGCGAAGAGGGAGAUGGCCUACAGUCCUUCUCAAUAAAGUGCGGCCAUCGUUACUGCGUCGACUGCUACCGCCACUACCUGUCGCAAAAGAUCAAGGAGGAGGGGGAGGCGGCGCGUAUUCAGUGUCCCUCGGACGGAUGCAACCUCAUCAUCGACGCUCGGUCUCUAGAUCUUCUCGUCACCCCAACCUUGAGGGAUAGGUAUCAUCAACUACUCAACCGGACCUACGUAGAAGACAAGGAGACCUUGAAAUGGUGCCCAGCCCCCGAUUGCCAGAAUGCUAUCGAGUGCGGCGUUAAGAAGAAGGAUCUAGACAAAGUGGUACCCACGGUUUCGUGUCUCUGCAGUCAUCGGUUCUGUUUCGGAUGCAUCUUGAACGACCACCAACCGGCUCCGUGCGACCUGGUAAAGAGGUGGCUCAAAAAAUGCGCCGACGACUCGGAGACGGCAAACUGGAUUUCGGCAAACACAAAGGAAUGCCCCAAGUGCAACAGUACGAUCGAGAAGAAUGGAGGCUGCAACCAUAUGACGUGCCGUAAGUGCAAGCAUGAAUUUUGCUGGAUGUGCAUGGGCCUGUGGUCUGAACACGGCACGAGUUGGUAUAGUUGCAAUCGCUUUGAAGAGAGGAGCGGCACCGAGGCCCGCGACGCGCAAGCAAAAUCUCGCGUGUCUCUGGAGCGCUAUCUUCACUACUACAACCGAUAUGCGAACCAUGACCAGUCGGCUCGACUAGACAGGGACAUCUACCACAAGACGGAGAGAAAGAUGGUGCAGCUGCAGAAGGAGUCGGGCAUGUCCUGGAUCGAGGUUCAGUAUCUGAACUCGGCUUCGCAGGCGUUGCAGACAUGCCGUCAGACACUAAUGUGGACUUACGCGUUUGCCUUCUAUCUAGCAAGGAACAACCAGACUGAAAUCUUUGAGGACAACCAAAAGGACCUCGAGAUGGCAGUCGAGGCUCUGUCGGAGAUGUUUGAGAAGCCGGUAACCGACCUUGCGGACCCGCAGCUGAAGGUGGAGAUCAUGGACAAGACUACGUACUGCAACAAACGUCGGAUCAUUCUUCUCGAUGACACGGCCCAAAACCUUGCAGAUGGGCGCUGGACCUUCAACGUCGAGCUAUCCGGCGUUCUUGGAGGUAACAACGGUGGCCCAAGCAACAAACGCUAA